UCUCUGAAUUCUUUGAAAACAUAACCACACAACAACUUGAAUUCUAACCUAAAACAGGGUGACUUACAGAGCUAUCAAAUAAAUUGUAGUACGAAAUAAAAUGAGACCUCAAAAAUUUAAACUCCCAUUUAACACGGACAGCUUGCCAAAUGCAGAGAGGAAAGUCGUUGUCGUCUCUGUGUUUGGAAAAUCACAUUUUCGUGCCAAAGCAUGCAAAACUGAGAUGCUCAGUUCCAUCCUACAAACGAGUCUUCUAGAUGAUCCCACGGUGGCUGAGGACGACUUGUGUGAAAUAGAAGGAUAUCACGAUGCGAAAGACCGUGUGGUUUACCUGCACGUUCGAGGACUCCUGGACACUCACACCUUGAUCAAUGCCUACGAUCUGUUCAUCGACAAGUGCGAGAGCAAAGAUUUCCUAACUGCUUGGGCUCAUAUGCGAGAAAAAUACUCCAGAGCUCUGCUUGUCCUGUUUCACGUUUCCCAUGUACUUAUACUGACCCAUCCCACGCACAGUUUUGAUUACAGCUAUGUUCACUUGUUUAGAGCACUGGAUGUCGUCAGGCAGAAGAUCUCAGGACAAGUUGGCGAAAUUCUAAGUGGAAUUCCAGGACUUCCUAAGGAUUGGGCUACAAAUGUGAGACCUUGUUCACCGCGGGUACUUUUCUACUUUGAAACCUGUCCUUCGAUAUUCCGGGAUUCAGAAGGUGGCAACAUUAAAAAGCUUGAACAUUCGCUAGAGGAUCAAAUAUAUCAUAUAUUAAGAAAAAACCGAAUAGUCACUAAUAUUAGCACAAACUCGCUUUUUGCAAUCCCAGCGAAUCAGGAAUUCGUUUAUGUUCACACCGGGCCGACUGAAUCCAGAGACAUCCUGGGUCACAUGGUCAGGAAGCUAAUUCAAAGCUGCAAAGUAAGCUCAGGUGGUGACACUUCAAGAAGCUUAGCCAGUGUGGACUCUUUAUUCCUAUCCAAUGACUUAGAAGAUGAAACACAUACCUUCAAGUCAUUCCUUCAACAACACAUAAGCUUGGCUUUUGCGAGGGGUUUUGACGAUAACGUGGGGCGGCUUGCAGCACCUACUCAUUUCCAAAUACCAACGCUGUCCUUGUUCUUCGAAGUUGCAAAUAAGCUCAUGGAUUUCUUUAUCAAGAGAAUGGACAGGGAAACUUCAACACUGCAUCAUUUGCUUGACACUGAUGUAAAGUUUAGUAAGAGCAGGUGCAGCAAGGUUCUGCCAAGAGCGCUCCAAACGUAUCAAGACGGUCUUCCACAACACUACACCAGAGCAUAUCACGAAACUAAACUAGCACAUGCUAUGGCAGUAUUUGAGAUGCAUGCACGCGGCCCACUAUUUGAAGAGUUCAGUGAAAAACUACAGCAAGAAUGCGACAAGCACUGGCGGGCAGGUAAACAAAUGUGCGAGGUGCUUUCAUUGACUGGGAAUCCUUGCACAAAUCCAAUUCAUAAAGGUGGCAGUGAGGGGGCAGGAGGUGGAGAACAAGUGGAGCCUAGGGAUGACGAUGGCGAUCUACCAAUAAUGGAGCAUAGCAGUGGCGUAAGAUAUGUGUGUGCCUGCAACUGCGGCAGAUGCCAAGGGCCAAGAGAGGAUCCAUUCAGCUUAAGGCAGGCCAACUAUGAUUAUUUUCAAUUAUUGGCCAAACAGUGUGGAUGUUCGCAGCUAGAAAGCAUACAAUUUCCAGUCUUUCAGCCCAGCAUACACAAUUUCAGACCAGCACAACUAUUUCCUACUACAAAGCGAAAAGACUCAUUUUCUCGUAUUGAGUUAUCAGCACCACAGGGGCAAACGCAAGCUUGUAGUCUUGGUGUAAAUACACUGCAUGAUGACGUUGCAGUGUUUGGCAGUGGACAGUCAGCGCCUGCCAGUGACUUGAUAGCCGAUGAUGCUCCAAGACUCAGCAACAAAGCUAGUCUCACUCCGGGCGAUACAAAUGAAGUCCCAGAUGCCCACAAUGUUGUUAUCGAAGUGUGUGAUGUAGACUUGGAGAACAACAAAGAACCCGAACCGCUACAGUGUUCAACGCCUGAGGUAAGCGAUGCAGAAGCUUCAGAAAAGUCCCUUGUUCGACAGCCAUCGACAACAGAGUAUCUACCAGGUAUGCUGCAUACAGAAUCUCCCAUCGGUCUCCUGCCCCAAUUCUCCAGCUGGUCACUAGUCUGCCUUGGGCCAAGCAGUCUUUACUCGCACAACCUUGGGCUGCAGCAUCAAGCUGGCGUAUUGGCGACAUCAGCAUUUUUGCUACCCUGGGAUGUGACGGUCAGACUAGAGCACCAGAAGGAGAGAGGAUCUCUGUGGCCAAUGGUUGGCGACAAUACCAGUCACGGCUACAACCGAGGAGGUAAAAAUUUUCAGAAUAUGAAUUCAAUACGCGGUCGUAAAUCUAAGGGGGGCAAGGAAUUCGUCGUCAAGAUAUUUGUCGGCGUUGAAUAUGAGUGUCCACGAGGCCACAGGUUUAUGGCAUCUGCUCCGGAUAAAGUCCUGAAGGCCACUGGAACUGGCAUUGUCAAGGACAGCGGAAACAAAGUUACAUCCAGCACGGCAGAUAUGCCUCUAUACUUCCCUUGUCCCUGCAGGCAAAUAAAGCCACUGAUGGCACAGUUGAUGAGAAUACACGUUGUAACGCCCAAGGCCCCGGUCCACGUCACCUUGAAUCCACGGGUUCAACCAGGUCCCCCACCUUGUCCGAUUUUCGUCACUGGUUGUGAGGAACCGAUAAAGUUAUCGCAGAGCGCCUACUGGGUCCUCAGACUUCCAUAUGUUUAUAUGGGCGAAAAGGGGCCUUAUUUGGCUCCGAAAGAACCAGUACCUAUAGCUCAUGGUAGACUUUUAGCUGGAAUGUAUGGAAUCAGUGAAGUUGUUCCAGAAAAGAAAUGAUCCAUGUCACAUGAAAAUCUGUGAAAGGAUACAAAUUCAGUACAUGGAAAAUCUCAACGUGUAUUUUAAUUCAAACGUGAAUACUACCCAGGAGCAAGUAAUCGGAUUGUUUGUACAUUCAAGGCUCUGGAAGUUUAAGUAAAUCCAAUGCCGAAUCCGUGUGUAUACGAUUGUACACAGGUUGUGUAUAGUAUUGGGUGAUUUUUCCUGUUACUUUUAGUUUAAUUCCAGUUUUAAAAAUUUAUGAUUGAAGUAACAGUUUAUUACACCAAGCAUUUACAUGCGCAGCUGGUUCGUAAUAAGAACUAAUUUAUUGGUCUGGCAUGAUUAAAUGUUUCUUGUACAGUGAAAAUAAAAAAUAUGUAUUGUAUGUAA